AUGGAAGCUAGAACCAACAUCAGAAUAGAUGGAUUUGAAGUUUUAGGUGAAAUCAAGGAGGCAGUUGAGCUUCCUUUAACUCACCCUGAGUUAUAUGAAGACAUCGGUAUUAAACCUCCAAAGGGCGUUAUACUUUACGGAGAACCGGGAACAGGCAAGACAUUGCUUGCAAAGGCUGUGGCAAACGGGAUAAGCAAGCAACGGGAUCGGAGUAAAAGGGUAAACGAUUGUGUUAAUGUACGCGAGCCUCUGGAGCGUUUUCAGCUUCCCGGCCCACGCGUACCAGAGGGGGCAAUUUACACAAAUAAUCCCAAUUUGACAUUUCCUGUGAUUGGUCCACAAACUCCGGCUCCACCUAAUUUGGCUGGAAGCAGUGCCACCACGCCUAUUGCCAUUGGAGCAGCUACGGGUGCCGCCCUCCUUUUCCUGGUCCCCUUAAUUGUAAUUGCUUGGUGGCGGCGCACAAAGGCACAAGAUCAUUUCUUUGAUGUACCAGCUGAGGAGGACCCCACAGUUCAUUUGGGACAACUAAAGAGGUUUUCUCUACGUGAACUACAAGUCGCAACCAACAGUUUUAGUAGCAAGAACGUUCUUGGGAGUGGUGGAUUUGGCAAAGUUUAUAAAGGGCGGUUAGCUGAUGGUGGUCUGGUGGCGGUAAAAAGACUCAAAGAGGAACGAACUCAUGGCGGUGAGUUGCAGUUUCAAACUGAGGUUGAAAUGAUCAGUAUGGCGGUGUAUCGAAAUCUACUUCGGUUGAAAGGAUUUUGCAUGACACCAACUGAACGAUUGCUCGUUUAUCCCUACAUGGUCAAUGAACGGCGCGCUACACAACCAGUACUUGAUUGGCUGACGAGAGAACGAAUUGCUCUCGGUGCCGCAAGGGGUCUAGCUUAUUUGCAUGAACAGAGUGACCCGAAGAUCAUUCACCGUGAUGUGAAAGCUGCAAAUAUACUGCUGGAUGAUGAAUUUGAAGCGGUUGUGGGAGACUUUGGGUUGGCUAAACUCAUGGAGUAUAAAGAUACUCAUGUUACAACAGCGUUUCGUGGUACGAUUAGACACAUUGCCCCAGAGUAUCUGUCCACUGGCAGAUCUUCUGAAAAAACCGAUGUUUUUGGUUAUGGUGUGACACUUUUAGAACUUGUCACGGGCAACGGGCCUAUGAUCUUGCCCGCCUCGAGAAAGAUAAUGAGGUCAUGCUACUCGAUUGGAUAA